ACUUCAUUUGUUUGUUUGCUAUUGAAAUAAGCAGCAUUUGCAUACUCUUCUCUCUCUCUCUCUCUCUAGAAACAGAGAGAGAUGGGAACCAUUGGAGCAGUCCAUGAAGAACCCAUCAAAGAAGCCCAAGCGUUUUCCACCACCGCCACCACCAUCACCGCCAUCAACCACCACAAACAACCACUUGAUGCCGGUGCUCUCUUUGUUCUUAAAUCCAAAGGGUCAUGGUGGCAUAGCGGUUAUCAUUUGACGACAUCGAUAGUAGCACCACCGUUGUUGAGUCUACCGUUUGCGUUUGCUUCACUAGGAUGGACAGCUGGGGUGUUGUCGUUGGUGAUUGGAGCAAUCGUGACGUUUUAUUCGUAUAACCUUAUUUCUCUAGUCCUCGAGCACCAUGCUGCGUUGGGUCACCGUCAUCUUCGAUUCCGCGACAUGGCGUACGAUAUCUUAGGGGCAAGAUGGGGCAAGUACUAUGUGGGACCGAUCCAGUUCAUGGUGUGCUAUGGUGCUGUGGUGGGCAAUAUCCUUUUGGGAGGUCAAUGCCUUAAGGCAAUAUACGUGCUAUGGAAUCCGAAUGGAACAAUGAAGCUUUAUGAGUUUGUGAUAACGUUCGGGGUAUUAAUGUUGAUGUUGGCACAAGUUCCUUCGUUCCAUUCCCUUCGCCAUAUCAACCUUAUUUCCCUACUCCUAUGUCUUCUCUACAGUUCCUCUGCUACUGCUGCUUCUAUUUACAUUGGAACUACAAAAGGAACAAAUAAGAACUACUCUUUGAGCACCAAUGACGAAACUCGCAUAUUUGGAAUCUUUAAUGCAAUGGCCAUCGUGGCCACUACUUUUGGAAAUGGCAUCAUUCCGGAAAUCCAAGCGACAUUGGCACCACCGGUGAAAGGGAAGAUGUUCAAGGGGUUGUGCGUUUGUUAUGCUGUGGUGACGGUGACAUUCUUUAGUGUGGCCAUUUCCGGGUAUUGGGCAUUUGGUAACGAAGCUGAAGGUCUCAUUUUAAGCAACUUUCUCGAUCACGAUGGCAACCCUUUGGUUCCCAGAUGGUUCAUUAUGAUGACCAACAUAUUCACCAUACUUCAGCUAUCUGCAGUUGCAGUCGUUUAUUUGCAGCCAACGAACGAAGUUCUUGAAAAAACAUUUGCAGAUCCAACACGCGGUGAAUUCUCAGCCAGAAACGUCGUCCCGAGAGUGAUCUCAAGAUCGAUAUCAGUGAUCUUGGCAACCACCAUAGCAGCAAUGCUGCCUUUCUUUGGAGACAUUAAUGCGAUGAUCGGAGCAUUCGGGUUUUUUCCGUUGGACUUUGUUCUACCGAUGGUGUUGUUCAAUAUGACGUUCAAGCCGUCGAAGCGCAGCCCUAUGUUUUGGUUAAAUUCCAGCAUAGCAGUGAUCUUCUCGGCAGUCAGCGUCACGGCAGCAGUUGCAGCAGUAAGACAAAUAAGCCUCGAUGCCAAGACUUAUAAACUAUUUGCGAACGUAUGAUCUCAUACGUUAUUAAUGGUCUUGGCAUCGAUCCUUAUUAAACGAGAUUUAAUUGUUGAUGGUAAUAUUGAGGUUUUGGGAUCAAAUCCGAUUUCCCAUUGCUUUCUAGCUUGUAAAAUUUUCUAUUUAUUAUCGUGUAAUUACUAGUCGCAAGUGAUUUUAGUUAAAUUUAGAGGUGAUAAUAUUAAACUCGUUUACAAAUGGAUGAGUUGCUUCGGGUUGUA